UAUAUAUGUAGAUAAGCUUUGUUUCUUUAUAAAUAGCAGGUCAGAGGUUGUACAGUUCACACAUUAUAGUCGCAAACAAACAUUAUUUGUAGAAGACAUGAAAAUGAGAUCAUUACCUCUCUCACCCCUCUUCCUCCUCCUCCUCUCUCUUCUACUGUUCGCCUGUGUUGCUACGGGAACGGUGAUGAGAUGCCUAAAGCCAUCACGGAUCUUCUCCAUCAUGAUCAUCAGAGUUCUUCUGCCACCGAUUUGAACACGGAAAGGGAUCGUUUCAUCAGGAAUUUCGACACCAAGGCUAAUGUUAUAAUAUAUCACAGCCACGAUGAUCAUCAUCAUGAUCAUAAUUCGAAAGAUCAGAGGCGUCCGAUGUGGAUGGUCUGAAGUAAAUAAUGUAAGAACAAAAACUCGUGAACAAUAUUUACAUUUUGUGUCCGAGGUUUGAACUUGAGCUUCAUAAUGCAAUACUUUAGCAGUUCUUCCUCGCGUUUAAAUUUGUUGAGGCUUCUGUGUUUAUAUAUAUAUAUAUAGCUCUAUAUAUUUUUACUG